ACAGACUUGCGCUGGCAUCUUGGAGGGCAGCCCCAUCUCCAGUGCAGUCCUGGGUGUCGAAGCUGCUCGACCCUCUCUCAGCUUCAGUUCACCUGACCUCUGAGAUAGAGCCUCCCCUCCUGAGGACUGCAGUGACUCUCAGGACUGUCAUUCACAAUACUGGGCAUCCCAACUGAUCUACACCAGCAGAGGAGCGGUGACACCAACCUUUGGACCAAGGGGAGCAGUGAGAGUACAACAUUUGAGGAUACCUGUCCUGGUCGAACCACGCUCAGCUCAACGACUGCCAAAGCACUGAGGAUCCAGCAGUGGAGCAAAAUUCUUUCAAUUCUUUAGACUGUCACAUUUCUUUGUUGGACUAAAAGUGGGCCCACUGCAACAAACAAAGACUGAAAUAAAACCAAGACAAAUUCUAACAGCUGAUUCCAACAACAUCUUUCACCAUGGCAACCACAGGUAUGCAGCUACUGGGCCUAAUUAUGUCCAUCGUGGGCUGGGUAAGUGGGUUGAUAGUCUGUGCCAUCCCCCUGUGGCGAGUCACUGCCUUCAUCGGCAACAACAUAGUGACAGCUCAGAUCAUCUGGGAAGGCCUGUGGAUGAAUUGCAUCGUUCAGAGCACAGGUCAGAUCCAGUGUAAGGUGUAUGACAGCUUGCUGGCUCUACCCAGUGACAUGCAGGCUGCCCGAGGCCUCACGGUGCUCUCCAUCCUGAUGUGUGGUCUGGCUCUUGCUCUGGGGGUUGUAGGAGUCAAGUGUACCAAGUGUAUCGGUGUAAACAGCCUCAAGGCCCGCAUUGCUCGCAUCUCUGGUGCCCUUUUUGCCAUCGCAGGGUUCCUCUACCUUGUGCCCAUCUGCUGGACGGCCCACUCCAUCAUCAGGGAUUUCUACGAUCCGCAUGUGGCAGCCCCACACAAGCGAGAGCUUGGCCCUGCUCUUUACAUCGGCUGGGGGGCAUCGGCUUUACUCCUCAUCGGGGGAUCUCUGCUCUACGCCGGGUCGAGUCCCCCUGGCAUGCCAGGUUCUCCUACCUUCAGCAGUGGAGAAAGUAGUCCUCGCAGGGCACCUGCCUCACAGGUCAAAGGUUAUGUUUGAGCUCCCAAAAUGUCUGAAUGCCUUCAGGUCCCCAAAACAUGCCCCUGAUAUCUCUUUCAAUUUUGCUUCCUGUAAUUAUUUUAUAUUUAAUGUUAGUCUAGUUUGUUUUGUUUCUCUGGAAAGCAGCCGGAAGCUGUUUGGUGAAAAUGGGACUCAUUUCAAGAUUUCAUACCCGAUGUCCUUCAGUAACCUUUUUCCUCUGUCUGUCAGUGAAAAAUACAAUAAAGUGUCCUCAAAAUCCA